AUGCCCCAGGAAAUAAAGGCAGAUUUCACUGCAGAGCACAAGGCGUCUUGGAAUGUUGAUACUCUAUCCUGGGACCCGUUUGAACAAACGUCAUGGAGGUGGAAGGCAUUACAGCUCAUCGCUAAUACCGAGAGUCAUCCCGAGACGUCAUAUCAAAAUGCUUUUAUGUUGUGUGCGCAGACCAAAACCCCGGCUACAGAGCAGUAUGGGCACCACCCUCAAAUACUUACUCCGUUGCUUCUUACACCAGCGAUCCCAUUUUGCUCAAUGGCAACACUGAGCACGAAAACGCGGGCGGAAGAACCACUGAAUGGGCAAGAAGAUCAGACUCUCCCUUUCCCAGCAUUUUAUAACUUUGCUUUUUUUUUUUCAAUCGGACCCCUUGGGGGAGGCGCUCCCUCCCCCACCUCCAGCCUCUGGCCCAGCGGGGAGCGUCCCCCGGGGCCCGCGGGGAGAUUCCGCACGUCCCGCAGAACUGCCUCCCUGGAGAAGGGAGGAAGAGGACGCCAGGGCACUUUGGAAGAGCAAGUGCAGAAGUAUGAAUCGUACUUCAGGGUGUUGGAAGGUCCUGUAGUCCUAUCACAUCCUCCUCCCCUGAUAUCUUCGCCUGAGUCAGCAGAAGCUAGUGGAAGCUAUAGAGUGAAGUUGUCUGGCCUGGAAAUCUCAGAAAAGGGAGAGACUGUUCAGUGUCCUAAUCUGGAACAGCAGUUGGAAGGUGUUGAAAGUUCAGGAUCUCCUUGUUCUUCAGACAUGGAAUCAGGAAAUGAAAGUGAAUGGUCCAAGGAUUUUGCUGCCCCCAAUUCCAGUCCGCCUGCUGCCGCUUCAGGACAAAAAGACCCACUUGGCAUUCUCACCAAAGUCUUUCCUAGUCAUAAACGAAGCAAGCUGAAGAGUAUCCUGCAGUUCUGCAAAGGAGAUGUGGUCCAAGCCAUAGAACAGAUUUUGAAUAGGAAAGAGAAUAAACAAAAUGUCAAAGACUUUGCAAACCCAUCUAGAUCUGAACUUAGUGCUUUACAGAGAGCCUCUAAUUUUAGCCUCACAGGAUUAGGUGUUGGAGCAUUUGGCAAUACAUCAGCUUUCUCCCCUCUUCAAACCAGUUCUACAUCAUUUGGAAAUGCAACAAAUCUUUAUGGCCUAAACCCUAGACUGGGGAUUAGCCCUCUAAAACUGGCUUAUUCUACCCCUGGAAGAGGUCUGCCUGGAUUUAUGUCACCCUACUUAACACCUGGACUGGUUCCAGCUUUGUCUUUUCACCCAGCAAUGGACUACUCCUUUUCAGGAGUGAUCAAGGAUGCUUCUUACUUUCCGAGUAAAGAGUCAGUUACUAGCGGUGGAAUUUACUCAAGGCUAAAUCAAGAAAACCAGUAGUGCCUUUAGCAUAUUCCCUUUCGCAAUGCACGUCCAAAAUAUGCAGCUGUGAUGACAUCUGGACUAGUAUGUCAAACCUCAAAGGAUGCUUUAAUCCCACAGUCCAUAGAAUAUUAUAUUAGAGGUCCCAAAACAGUUCCUUUUUAAAAGAAUACAAUGAGGCUUUGUACACCUUUUGAAUGUUUUUUAAUUUUAAUGUAAAUGGCUUGCAAAAUUGAAACUUUUAAGCAAAAAAGAAAAUAAUUUAAAGUAUGUAUUUUUCCAUCCAGAAUAUCUGCUGUGAAGAGCUGGUUUAAAAAUUAGCACUGAUUUUAAAACUGAGUUUUUUAUUAUACAUAUAUUUUGUUUUGUAUACGGUCUUCAAAUUGUUUUGUAAAUGAAAUAAUAACUAGGAUAUAUUUGUUUGUGAACAGAAAUAGUUGGAUUAUAAAGAACAUCCAUUAUAACUUUCCUUUCCCUUUUAAAAAAAUAUUUAAUCAACUUUGUAUACUUAGUCUUCAAAGUCAAUGAUGCAAACAAAAAUAAGACCAAGACUUUAAAAAAAUGAAUCCUUAAUGUUAAGUUGAUAAAUCCAUAGUUAGGCACUGAAAUAAGCAGCCUGAUUUUCAAAAGAUCUUACUGAAGUAAAUAGAGGUUGCUGGGUGCUCAGUACUUUUGUAGAUCAGGCUCUUCAUGUAGGCAUCAAAGGCCCUGAUCCUGCAAAAAUGUAUGCACAUCCUUAAUUUUAUGUACUGAGAAUAGCCUCAUUUAGAUUAUAGUGCUUGAUUCUCAAUUGAUAAAUCAGCAUAGCUCAGUUGAAGUCAAUAGAACUCUGCUAAGUUAGCUGAGGA